GGAACAAACGUACUAAAAAAAAAAAAGAAAAUUGUAUUUUGUCUAAUCAUUGCAUUAUUGUGCCAGUUUCAUUUAUGAGUAUCUUUUAAUAUAAUUUCCUAUCUUUAUUAUAUUGCAAGAAUUAUAAAACAAUAAUGAAUAUUACAUCUGCUGCAGGGAUAAUAUCCCUGCUCGACGAACCUAUGUCGGAAGUGAAAGAGUUCGCCCUGAAAAGGUUGGAUAAUAUCGUCGACGAAUUUUGGCCCGAAAUUUCCGAAUCGAUCGAGAAGAUAGAGAUCUUGCACGAGGACAAAGUGUUUUCACAGCAUCAACUAGCAGCUUUGGUAGCUAGUAAGGUUUACUAUCACCUAGGUGCAUUUGAAGAUUCAUUGACGUACGCGUUAGGCGCAGGUGAUUUAUUUGAUGUGAAUGCCCGUAAUGAAUAUGUUGAUACGACUAUCGCAAAAGCUAUUGACUUCUAUACUCAAAAAAGAAAAGCCCUGUUUGUGGACAAUACUGGGGAAGCAAUUGAUCCUCGAUUGGAAGCCAUCGUGAAUCGUAUGUUCCAACGGUGUCUGGAUGAUGGUCAGUAUAGGCAAGCUCUUGGAUUGGCACUAGAGACGCGCCGCAUGGACAUCUUUGAGGAGUCCAUUAUGAAAUCUGAUGAUAUUGCAGGUAUGCUUCAAUAUGCGUUUACAGUAGCUAUGAGCCUGCUUCAAAACAGAGGUUUCCGUAGCACAGUUCUUCGCUCCCUGGUUGGUCUCUAUAGAGGACUUAAUAUCCCUGACUAUGUAAAUAUGUGUCAAUGUCUCAUUUUCCUUGAAGAUCCCUUAUCUGUAGCUGAAAUACUUGACAAGCUUACUCAUGGCCCUCAGGAAUCAGUACUAAUGGCAUAUCAAAUUGCAUUUGAUUUAUAUGAUUCUGCAACACAACAAUUCCUGGGUAGAGUUUUACAAGCCUUAAGGAGCACAGCUCCUAUUCCAAGUGCAUUAGGUGGGAAGCCACAACCUCAAGGAGGACCUUUUCCUGAAUCCUCUAUGGAAGUGGAACAGACUCCUGCUGAAGAGUCCAAAAAACCAGAAAGAGAUAUUGAAAAUCUAAAUGAUGAAGAGAAGGAACAUCAGAGAAGAGUUGAAAAAUUAAUUUCUAUUCUGGGAGGAGAUGUAUCAAUAGGCCUACAACUGCAGUUCUUAAUUAGGUCUAAUCAUGCAGAUAUGCUUAUAUUGAAAAACACUAAAGAUGCUAUCAGAGUAUCAAUAUGCCACACAGCUACAGUUAUAGCAAAUGCAUUUAUGCAUGCCGGUACUACAAGUGACCAAUUUUUAAGAGAUAAUCUUGAAUGGUUAGCUAGGGCAACAAACUGGGCUAAAUUAACAGUUACAGCAUCCCUUGGUGUCAUACAUAGAGGUCAUGAAAAUGAAUCCUUAGCUCUCAUGCAAUCUUAUUUACCUAAAGAAGCAGGACCAUCAUCAGGAUACUCUGAGGGUGGUGGCUUAUAUGCACUUGGCUUAAUUCAUGCUAAUCAUGGUGCGAACAUUAUUGACUAUCUCUUAACGCAAUUAAAAGAUGCACAGAAUGAAAUGGUACGUCAUGGAGGUUGCCUUGGUCUUGGCUUGGCUGCCAUGGGUACUCAUAGACAGGAUGUCUACGAGCAGCUCAAGUUUAAUCUCUACCAAGAUGAUGCUGUCACUGGUGAGGCUGCUGGUAUUGCUAUGGGUAUGGUCAUGUUAGGUUCAAGACAUGCAGCAGCUAUUGAAGAUAUGGUUGCAUAUGCUCAAGAAACUCAACAUGAAAAAAUUUUACGCGGUUUAGCAGUUGGCAUUGCCUUCACAAUGUAUGGUCGACUUGAAGAAGCUGAUGCCCUUGUUCAGCAGUUAUUGAGAGAUAAGGAUCCAUUAUUGCGACGUGCUGGAUGCUAUACUAUUGCUACUGCAUACUGUGGCACAGGAAACAAUGACUCCAUACGUACAUUGUUGCAUGUUGCUGUAUCUGAUGUCAAUGAUGAUGUACGUCGUGCUGCAGUAACAGCACUUGGAUUUUUACUAUUUAGGACACCAGAACAGUGUCCUUCAGUUGUAUCCCUGCUAGCUGAAUCCUACAAUCCACAUGUCCGUUAUGGUGCGGCUAUGGCUUUAGGGAUUGCCUGUGCUGGUACAGGAAAUCGUGAAGCCAUUGGACUUUUGGAACCAAUGGUAAAAUUUGAUCCUGUUAACUUUGUAAGACAGGGAGCAUUGAUAGCCUCUGCUAUGAUUUUGAUUCAACAAACAGAAACUCUAUGCCCUAAAGUAACUUACUUCCGACAGUUAUAUGCACAAGUAAUUUCAAAUAAGCAUGAGGAUGUAAUGGCAAAAUUUGGUGCAAUCUUGGCUCAGGGUAUUAUUGAUGCUGGUGGCCGAAAUGUCACUGUUUCCCUUCAAAACAGAACAGGACAUAUGAAUAUGCUUGCUGUAGUAGGCAUGUUGGUAUUUACUCAAUAUUGGUACUGGUUUCCUCUAGCUCACUGUUUGUCACUGGCCUUUACACCUACGUGUUUGAUUGCUCUUAAUUCAGAUUUAAAAAUGCCUCAGAUGGACAUCAAAUCAAAUUCAAAACCAUCCUUGUAUGCAUACCCUGCUCCACUUGAAGAAAAGAAACGUGAGGAAAGGGAAAGAGUCACUACUGCUGUACUGAGUAUUGCUGCAGCUAGAGCCCGUAGACGGGCACAUGGUACUGAAGGCUCAGCUAGCAGUGUCACUUCAUCAUCAACAUCUAAAAUGGAUGUAGAUGAAGAAGAAAAAAAACCAACAAAGUCUCCUAAUCCUAACAUAACAGUUCAUGGUAAAACUGACAAGGAAGCUGGAUCAUCAAAAGAUAACAAGAAAGAAGAAAAAGAUGGAGACGAAAAAGAAGUAAAAGAAAAGAAGGAACCAGAACCUACUUUUGAGAUUUUAAGUAAUCCAGCUAGGGUAAUGCGACAACAGUUAAAGGGUAUUUCUAUCGUUGAGGGCUCAGGUUUCGUGCCAUUAAAAGACGUAACUAUUGGAGGUAUUGUAAUGCUAAACCAUUCUGGAGAUGUGGAGCAAGUGCUUGUAGAGCCCGUUGCCGCUUUCGGGCCAAAGACAGAAGAAGAAAAGGAACCUGAACCCCCGGAACCCUUUGAAUAUUUAGAUGAUUGAUAAGUUUAACCUCUUCGACAAAUAUAUAUAUUAUUAAAAUUAAUAUGAGUAGAAUUAUAACAGGAAAUGUAUUGAACAAUUUAACUAAAUAUUGAUGUAAGCACAUAUAUAUGAUACUAACUAAAAAUUUAUUGUGUUUCUUUCUCAAUUAAAUGAUUGUCGAAUUAA